AUGCCUCGAAAAGCCAUUGACUCGCGCAUCCCUGCGUUAAUUCGCAAUGGCAUUCAGGAAAAGAAGCGCAGUUUCAUCGUCGUGGUGGGCGACCGAGCCAAAGAUGUCAUUGUCCACCUACACUAUAUCAUGUCCUCGGUCGACAUCAAGCAAAACAGAUCUGUCCUAUGGGCCUACAAGAAAGACCUGCUAGGGUUCACUUCCCACCGCAAAAAGCGUGAAGCAAAGAUCAGGAAAGAAAUCAAGCGAGGCAUUCGAGAUGCGGAUACCGAAGAUCCCUUUGAACUCUUCGUCACUCUGCACAAUAUCCGAUAUGUUUACUACAAAGAGACGGACAAGAUUCUGGGAAACACCUAUGGCAUGUGCAUUCUCCAAGACUUUGAGGCCAUCACGCCGAAUCUUCUUGCCCGAACCGUGGAAACGGUAGAAGGCGGUGGGCUGGUUCUCCUCCUGCUGAAAGGCAUGAAGAGUCUGAAGCAGCUCUACACAAUGUCAAUGGAUGUCCAUUCCAGAUACCGCACCGAAGCCCACGAUGAUGUGGUGGCCCGGUUCAAUGAGAGGUUUAUACUGUCACUGGGGAAUUGCGAGUCUUGCUUAGUGGUGGAUGACGAGCUCAACGUCUUACCCAUAUCUGGAGGAAAGAAUGUGCAACCUUUGCCACCACCGACGAGCGAGUCUGAACGUGUCCUGCCGACUCAGAAGGAGCUGAAGGAAAUCAAAGACAGCCUGGCCGAGAGCAGACCCGUGGGCCCUCUGAUCAGUUUGGCUAAAACUGUCGACCAGGCGAAGGCUCUUCUCACCUUUGUCGACGCGAUAUCGGAGAAAACCCUGCGGAGUACUGUCACACUGACCGCGGCUCGAGGACGAGGGAAAUCCGCUGCUCUGGGAGUGGCCGUUGCUGCUGCAAUAGCUCAUGGCUACAGCAACAUCUUCAUCACCUCCCCGAGUCCUGAAAAUCUGAAGACUUUAUUCGAAUUCGUCAUCAAAGGCUUCGACGCGCUAGAAUAUAUGGACCACGUCGACUAUACGAUUCUGCAAUCCACGAAUCCAGAUUACAACAAAGCUAUUGUCCGCAUCAACGUGCACCGGCAACAUCGGCAAACCAUCCAGUACAUUCAGCCUCAAGACGCCCACGUUCUCGGUCAAGCAGAAUUGGUUGUUAUUGACGAAGCAGCGGCGAUCCCUUUGCCGUUAGUCCGGAAAUUGAUGGGCCCGUACCUAGUCUUCAUGGCCUCGACUAUCAAUGGAUACGAGGGCACUGGCCGUUCACUCUCGUUGAAACUCAUUCAACAACUACGAGAACAAUCUAGAGGUGGAAUGAGUACUGAUGGAGACGACGUCGAGGUGGCAGAUAAGGUGACAGGCAAGGCAUCGAAGGACGGUGCCAAGGUCUACACCGGCGGAAGGAGUUUGAGAGAGAUUACCCUGUCAGAACCCAUCCGAUACGCACCUGGAGACGGUGUCGAGAAAUGGCUGAAUCGACUGUUAUGUCUCGACGCCACCUUGCCCAAGUCGAAGAUAAAUACUCAGGGGACGCCCCAUCCAUCCACCUGCGAACUGGUCCAUGUCAACCGCGAUACCCUUUUCUCCUUUCACCCCGUCUCCGAGAAGUUUCUACAGCAGAUGAUGGCGCUGUACGUUGCUUCUCAUUACAAAAAUUCCCCCAACGACCUUCAACUCAUGUCCGACGCCCCCGCACACCAGCUCUUUGUCCUGAUCCCGCCGAUCCCCGAGGACGCCAACAAACUACCAGAGCCUCUGUGUGUCAUUCAAGUCGCUCUCGAGGGUCGGAUUAGCAAAAAGUCCGUGCUGAGCAGCUUAUCCCGUGGUCAGAGGGCCGGCGGGGACUUGAUUCCCUGGCUGGUCAGUCAGCAAUUCCAGGAUUCUGAAUUUGCCGGCUUGUCAGGCAGUCGCAUCGUCCGCAUUGCGACCAAUCCGGAGUAUCUGAACAUGGGCUACGGGUCGCGGGCGCUGGAGCUGCUGAAGGACUUCUACGAAGGCAAGUUCACCUCCUUGUCCGAGACGGAUGAAGCGACCAUUGAGGAUGCAGAACACAUGCCCCGUGUCACGGACGCCGAGCUCGAAGAAGCGAACCUGCUAGACGACAACAUCAAAGUGCGCGAUAUCCAUCAAAUGCCGCCCCUUUUCAGCAAACUCUCUGAACGACGACCCGACCACUUGGACUACCUCGGUGUCUCGUUCGGCUUGACCCAGCCACUCCAUAAAUUCUGGAAGAGACAUGCCUUUGCCCCCGUCUACUUGCGGCAAACACCCAACGACCUGACGGGCGAACAUUCCUGCGUCAUGCUCCGGCCGCUGUCGACAAGCACCACAACAGAUAACUCAUGGCUUGCGGCCUAUGCGCAAGAUUUCCACAAGCGGUUCCUUACUCUGCUGUCAUUUCAGUUCCGCACAUUUCCCUCCAUCCAGGGACUGUCUAUUUCGGAAUCCGCCUCCCGAGCCACAAAAUCUGCUGCCGACGACUCGUCGUUGACGGUUAAACCCCUCUCCAAGGCCGAUCUUGACGCCCUCUUCUCGCCCUUUGAUCUCGCCCGCCUAGAGUCAUACGCCAACAACCUGCUCGAUUACCACGUCAUUCUCGACCUCCUCCCUGCCCUCGCGUACCUGUAUUUCACCGGCCGCCUGAAGCUGCCGCCCUGCAACGUCAGUCUCUCAGGUGUCCAGCAGAGCAUACUGCUGGCCAUCGGCUUGCAAAGGAAGGAUCUCAGCGAGGUGGAAAAGGAGCUGAACCUGCCCAGCAACCAGCUGUUGGCGAUGUUUGUGAAGGUAGUGAGGAAGAUCAGUACCGCGUUGAGGGCGGUUGUGAGUGGCGAGGUGGACGCGAGUUUGGGCGAGAAGAAGGAAGUCGAAAUCAAUGGUGAAGGGGCAGUGCAAUCAAUACCCAGUGGUGGCAGAGUCCACAUUGCCCCGUCGGGUCCAGUGAAUGGUGCGGACGAUGAGGAAGAAUCUGGACCAGAAGUUGAUCCCGAGAUGAAAGAGAAACAAAGGGCCAUGGUCGAUGCGUUGCCUCUUGACAAAUACGAAAUCGCCGCCACCAGCGCCGCAGACGACCGGGCCUGGGAGCAAGCCGAGCGACAGGUCCGCGAGGGGGGAAACAGCACCAUCGUGAGCGUGAAAGGUGCCGCGAAGGCGAAGAAGCGGAAAAUCGAAGACGACGGCGACGAAGCAGCCGAGGCUGAAGAUGCAGAAGCAGAUGGCGCCCGUGGUGGAGAUUAUCGAGAUCGAUCGAGAAAGGGCGACAAUCACGACAGGGACGGACGAAGGAAAGACAAGAAAGGGAGGAUAGAGGGGGGGAAGAAGCAGAAAUCCAAGAGUAACAAAGAAAAGAGAAGAUGA